AUGGCGGAAUCUUCAAAUCUCUGGUUGAAAGCCAGGGAUAUUCUCGCGACUCCACGCCACGAAAGAUUAACGAUCAUCGUCGAUCAACUCUAUACGCCUAAAGAAUCCGUCGAAUACAAAUCAGCGCUUGCUCUGUGCGAUUUCUGCGUCGCUAAUUUUCCGAAUUGCUUAACUCAAAUGCUUCUCAAAGCGUAUCGAUACUCUUCCGAUGAAGUCACCAGUUUCCGAUCGCUCCUCCUCCUUUCCGAAACUCUCACCGAAAUAAGAAGUACUCGAGGCUUCGUACUCUCUAUCGUCGCUCUAAAUGACAUCAAGCAGCUUCUGAUUUCUUGCCUGACGAUUCGAGAAGCCAAUAAAUUUGUGACGAGGACCCUGAGAAUCAUCGUUUCUUAUGUAGCUUUCAAUGUUGUGAUGCUUGAUAGUGACGGAUGGGACGAGCUCGGCGAUUGUAUGUUCACGCUCGCCAACACCGAUCCAUUUAGGGCUUUCAGCGUCUUCAUCGAUCUGCCUCCACUCUACGGAGGAUUCACCAACAGGUUUCUUCACAAACUCCGAGAGGAAGUCUACAAAGUGUUGCUUCAUCCUCAGCGAAAUCAAAGCGAAGAGUGGACUUUUGCUUUAGAAACUGCUAUCAAAUUAGCGUUUCAGCUUUUGGAUUCGGGAUUGAGAAUCGACUUGACGAGGGAGAUUCUUGACACCGUUCUGAAUUCAGCUCGUGUGCUUGUGGGUAUGGGAAUGGAGGAGUUUCUUCAAAACGCGCUUGAAAGUCUCGUCAAGUUCUUGGAGAGAGACGCGAAGUCGUGUAAAUGGAGCACAAAACAAUGUGGCUUUGUUGCAGAGUUUGCGUUCAAGAUCGCUAGAAUCGGAACAAAGACGAAAGAAACCGCGAAGAAGAUCUAUCAAAUGGUCACAAUACAAGACAAGUACGUCGAGAAUACAUCUUUCAAACUCAGACUAUCUCGCUUUGAGAAGAAUCAAGAUCGUGAUCUAGGAGAUGACCGUGACUUGUACCACAGCUUCACGAAGUUAUCUCCGUUUGAUAUCUUGGCUGCGUUUGCAGUGGCUGAAUACGAUGAUAGCACCAGAGAGGUUGCAAUCAGAAGACUCCAUGAUGUGCUUUGUGACCACACUUCAGGCAAGUGGUACUUAGACAUUUCAGAGAUCGAAAAGCUUAAUCCUUUGCUUGUACGUUGCCUUAGGGGAAAAAGAAUUCCUGAGAAGACGUUCAUGGUUCUUGGUCAAGUUGUGUUCCACGUUGCGUUGGAGACAUUCAGCUACACAGACGACCCGUGGUUCGAUCUUUGGGACUACAUUGCAUCACAAAGCAAAGCAGAGUUCAGCAAAGCGGUUUACAUCUUCCAGUGCUUAACAAUGCGGUUCGAUGAUAAAGAAGACGUUGUGAUCCAUGCUAUGAAUAGUCUCCUCCCAGAGAUUUACAAAAGGCUAAACCCACCAAGAGAGCUUUUGGUAGACAACAGUAUCUGGGUCUUGGCGUUUACAGGUGCGUUCUGUGCAGCGAUUCGAUUGAUAAACAUCGCGAGUCACGCAGGGUUUGUUAGGGAGAUUGCGGAAAAGAUGGUGGAUUCGGUGAGAGAGCUUGUGGAGAGAGGUAUGGAGGUUGGGCUUGUGAUGAGAGCUUUCAGAGAUGUUGAAGGCACUGUGGAGAAACAAUGGGACUGGUACAAGACUUGUGAGUACAGAUUCGUCAAGGGCUUGUUAUGGAAGCUCUAUGGGAUCAAUGGCAUGAAGAUGGAGAGUAAGAUGGUGUUGUGGAGGAUCAAUGGGAAUCUCGACAGGAGUGUUAAGGAAGUUUUCAAAAGGCUCUCUGAGACUGAGCUUGAUUGGCUGAACCAACCUUAG